GGCUAGCCGAUCCUGCUCGGGCAGCGGGAAUGAAAGUACAGGCCAUGAACAGGAUGGGAACCAGAAUGAUAGGCGACCUGUUCUUGCUGGGGGAAGGGUUGGAGCUGGUGUUGAGCACCAGGGCAAUAUAGGCGGGAACAAGAUGAGCUGCAAUCCAGAAGAUCAGCAGCCUCAAGGCCGACCGUCGAUUUGUUUAAAGGACGACUGGAGCACGGGCUAUAACCCGUAUGAUAACAGUGACCGGGUGUUCCGGUAUCCAGCACAUAGGUCUGGCGCAAACCCGGAUCAUGUGGAUCCGAACCAUUCCGGAAUCGAGAUUUUGCAACCGAAGGUACUGGAGACCACGCUGUCUUCUUCGUCCAGUAGCUCGAGCGCCGCGAACGUCGCAGGCGACAACACUGCCGGAACAAGUUCCGGCUUCGGACAUCAACUUGUGCCAAGCAAUAAAGACGAUCGGCAUGACGCAGAGAUCUUGCCGGAUGUGGACGCAGAACAGCACUAUGGUGCAGCACCAGCCCGAGAUUACCGCGCAUUUCCAAAAGUUCCGCUUCUCACAGACGAUCUCCCAGAUAAAGGGGCGAGUUUGGGAUUUUUCACAAACGGGACUAAAAAUGUAGACCCCAUGGAUGUUGAUGAGCAAGAGGACGACGAUUUUGUCCCAUCGAGUAUCUGCGCCGUCGCAUUCUCCCCAGUAGACGAUGUGAGUAUGAUGGGUGCUGGUCGUGGUCAGUUGAUUGUCGAAGAAGCACCAGCACAACAAUUGGCGCUUCUACCUGCUGCAGGAGUUUUUCCACCAGCUGGCGCAUCGAAUAAACUUCACCCGAACAGUAAGAACGUGAACGACCAAAGUCAGUUUUUCGACGCGUUGGAAAUGAAUACCUUCAACGAGGAAGCAGCCGCUGAAGAAGUACGCACCGAACAUUUUCUGGCAAAAACCGCGGACAAUUUCACCGUGCCCGUGCGCGAGACACCUUCGUACCACUGCUCGGGCAGCGGGAAUGAAAAUACAGGCCAUGAACAGGAUGGACUAGACGACCUGCAGGAAAAGGCAACUUUGCAAGACACUGGAUCUACUUCGCGAAAGCGCAAUUUGGGGAAAAGAAGCGGCGUCAGCGGCUACAGCCAAGAAGGAGCUGUGCCUGAUUUGUUGGCCGGCGCAGAGGUGCAGGUACAACCACCCGAAACAUCAUCAUCUUCAAAGCGGGAUGAAAAUUUCAUUGGGUUUUUGUCAACAAAAAGCGACGGCCGUGAACGACUAAAUCUAAACCGCGACUAUGAAGACCAGAACCCUGCUAGCGAGGAGAAAAUCGGAAAGCAGGCAAAAGUUCCGAAGCUAGAGAAAGGGUCUUCAGGAAUAAAUAGCGCGAAAAGAUCAAACAAGGCUCCAAAAGCGAAGGUCAAGCCAACCGCUUCUGUCCCGAAGGCGAAAGCGAUGAAGACAGAAGCUGCAGCUGGUGCUGCUACAGCGGCCUCUUCUUCGUCUUUCUCAGGUGGUGUUCCAGAAGCAAAAAAGAAGAACGAGAACGAAAAGAAGAGUAAAGCAGCAGAAGCAGUACCUCCUAGUUCCACUGGGAAGAAAAACAACGAGUCGGCACUAGCGGGAGCAAAGUCGAAAGCGACACCUCCGCCAGUGAAAAAAACGGCAAAUCGGGAGAAAAAGGAAAACCCACCAAAGACAUUGCCAGCUGUUGGGCCGAAGCAGAAAGCGAAUAGUACUCAAUCGAAGGGAGUGUCGACUUCAUCUUCAUCUUCCUGCAACCGUGACGAGAUAAACAAGGGUGGAACUACCAGUAACAGUAUUCAACCACCAACGGGGGCCGCUGCUGCUGGGCCGAGCAAGAGCGACCAUCAGAGCGACGAAGACGACCGCCUAGCGCAGAAGAUCGCUGACCAGAUAGUCCAGGAGGUAUACGGAUGCAAGCCUGCCAAAGGCGCCGCUGCGAAAGAAGCACCGCCGGCCAAUAUCCUGAGUAAAAAUGUCCCCACACCAGAGUCAAGAUUUUUGGAAAUCCGCCAGACAGUUGAGCCACCUCAACCUCUAGUUGUUCCGCAUGACAAGCCUGUUAUCCUCGUAGUAGUGUCCUGUUUAGCUAGUUCCGAAGCAUCACAUCAGAUAUGGCAUAUCGUGCUGAUUCUAGCAUCACAAAUUACACAUGCCGCUCCAGCGCCUGCGGAGGCUUGCCUCCCCAGCGAUAAUGGACAAUGGCACUGUCGGCGCGGUUGUUUUAGCAUUACAAGUUACACACAAAACCAGGAUUAGUAUUUUUAGAAAAUGGCUCUCAUGAGGCUUCGCAUGAGAAACGUUUCUUUUUGGCAUGCAGAUCUGGGGACAUUUUUCCUCAGGAUAGCCAAUGACACUGCAGCCUCAAGUUCAUCCGCGCCGCCACGAGUUUACCACGCCGGCCAAAAGCUGUUCGGCCGUCGGGAAGAGUGGGAGCAGAGAGAAUGGGCGAACUGCGUAUUUGUGGGCACAGAGGGGCGACCCCCGCUGCCGGAAGAUACGGGGAUGAUCCUGGUCCGCUGGGAGUGCGACAACGCCACAGAAUUCCUCGCUGCCGAAAACGUAACGAUCCGACACAAAGCCACAAAGCUCUGGGGGUACUGUCAGGAAGAAAAGGAAUGGAAGAAGUGCGUCCACCUUGGGCUGGUGGUAGGGGAAGAUGGAGAAGAGCGCGUCCGGGUCAGGUGGAGCCACAGCAAGGAGGUGUCGGAACUUUCCGCCGACUACGUGAAGCCGCGCAAGGAGGAAAAGGAACCGGCAUAG